AUGUCUAGAUUAAACGAAUAUCAAGUUAUCGGUCGUCGUCUCCCAACUGAGUCCGUCCCAGAACCAAAGUUAUUCCGUAUGAGAAUCUUUGCUCCAAACACCGUUGUUGCCAAGUCUCGUUACUGGUAUUUCUUACAAAAAUUACACAAGGUCAAAUCCGCUUCUGGUGAAAUUGUUUCCGUUAACGUUAUUGCUGAAGCUAAACCAACCAAGGUUAAGACCUUCGGUAUUUGGAUCAGAUACGAAUCUAGAUCUGGUAUCCACAACAUGUACAAGGAAUACAGAGAUGUUACCAGAGUUGGUGCUGUUGAAACCAUGUAUCAAGAUUUAGCUGCUAGACACAGAGCUAGAUUUAGAAACAUCCACAUUUUAAAGGUUGUUGAAUUAGAAAAGACUGAUGAUGUCAAGAGACAAUACGUUAAGCAAUUCUUAGCUAAGGACUUAAAGUUCCCAUUACCUCACAGAGUCCAAAAGUCCAAGAAGUUAUUCCAAGCUCAUGCCCCAACUACCUUCUACUAA